UUUCCGCCGGGGCAGCCGUAAAGGUGCAGGUGGGCUCCUGAGCUGGAGCAGCGGCCGCUCGGCGCGGAGGCUGCCCGGGCGCGUCCCUGGUGCGGUGGCGAGAGGCACCAGCUCCGUUCGGCUCACCUGCCCCGGGCGAGCCGCUGCGGGGCCGGCGGAGCCAUGCCCGGCGUGCUGCCCCGGGCGCUGCCCGCCUCCCUCGGGCGGGGCUGCCCGGGCCGCUGGCUGCUCGCCACUCGCGGGUGGGCGCUCCUGGGCGCCGCCGCCGCGCCCCGCUGCUGCCCGCGGUGGCGGCCCUGGCCCCCGCUGCUGCUCAGAGCUCGGAGCUUCGGGACGCAGGCGGGAGGGCUGAAAGCUGCAAAACCUGGCCGGGAGAGCAAAGAUGUGUCCGUGCAAAGGGCGCUGAACGAGGAAACGCUGGUGUCGGCGGCUCAGAAAGUGAAAGAAGCUGGAAGAGACUUUACCUAUUUUAUUGUGGUGCUUGUUGGAAUUGGUGUUACAGGUGGUUUGUUCUAUGUGAUUUUUAAAGAGCUAUUCUCUUCUUCUAGUCCAAAUAAGAUCUAUGGAGAUGCCUUGGAGAAGUGCAGAUCUCAUCCUGAGAUAAUUGGUGUUUUUGGUGACUCUAUUAAAGGCUACGGAGAGGCAACAAGAAGAGGAAGACGACAGCAUGUCAGUCACAUUGAAUACGUAAAGGACGGACUGAAACAUAUGCGUUUGAAGUUCUAUAUUGAGGGCACUGAAUCAGGGAAACAGGGAACAGUCCAUGUGGAAGUCAAAGAGAAUCUUGAAACAGGAAGAUUCGAGGUCCGCUACAUAUUUGUGGAUGUUGAGACCUAUCCAAGAAGAACCAUUGUCAUAGAGGACAACAGAUAGCCAACGAUCAAAGCUGCUGCCUUAUCUCACAUUGGAAAAUGUCGUUGUAGCCAGUCUACAUCUGGAUUGUGUGGUGCUGCCAAUUGUGUCUCACAGCUGUGUUAAGGGAAAUAGCCUCUCAGAGCCUCCACUAAAGACUUUUGAUAAUAACAGAUAUGUGAUUUAAAGUGAAACAAAUCAAAUAUAGCACAAGUAUCAUGGCAGAUAUUCUUGACAUAGGAAAAUAAUGCCUCCUAAUAAACAGUUUAAUGCUGGGUAAUGCUUCUGCACACCCAAAACCCGAGUUUUCCAAAGUUUCAGCUUUGGAUGGGGAGUUUUUUUUUUGUCUUCCUUGGCUUGGAUUUCCCACUUCGACUGCAAUAAAGAGAGGGGUAGUUUAACUGUA